GGGGGUAUUCAAGCCACCAUGGAGAAGGAUGAAGGGGACACACUCAUGGAGCUGAAGGCCUUCCGUGCCCUGCGACCCGAGCCCAGGUACCGCUCCCACAGCGAUACUUCGGGCUUUGCCGCGAGGAUCCUGUUGAGGCUCAGAGGAGCUCACACAGCUGUGCCGUGUCCAAUGUAAACCGCUCGUGCCCUAAGGUGUCGGCCUUUACCUUUGGGCCCCAGCAGCGCUUCUAAUCUGCAUGGGCUGGAGGAAUGACAAGCAUCCACCACACGAGAGGAGGAGGAGGAGGAGGAGGAGAGCAGAACGGGGGCGGGAGGGGAAGUUACGACCGAGGAGCAACUCAGUACAGUCAGUCGAGCAAGCAGGCAAAAAAAAAAAAAAAAAAAAAAAAGUUUCCUUUCCAGGCGACAUGAACCCUCACGGCGGUCUCGUACGGGAUUUAUGCGGCGAUAUUGAGCGGUGACUGCGGGUUGAGGAUUGAGGAAGGCGACUUCCUCCACCGGAGCUCCGCCGGUGAAAUCGAACAUGGGCCAGACUGCCGUGUCUGCCGUGUCUCACACACCGAGUGUUGAUGGUUUGGAGAAAUCGUCAUCACUGCCCAACUGCGACGUGGUAUUGGACAGUGGCGGCGACGCCCACAAUGCACCUGAAUCACGGCAGCAGCGAGGCAAGCUGUCCACUCUAGGCAGACUCUUCAAACCCUGGAAGUGGAGGAAGAAGAAGAGCAGUGACAGGUUCCAGGAUCUCUCCAAAGUUUUGGAGAGAAAAAUCUCAACGAGACAAACCAGAGAAGAACUCAUCAAGAAGGGUGUGCUCGUCCCAGAACAAGAUGAACCCAUCAGCAGGGAGAUCCAGAAUGGUCACGCCACCUCCAGCGUGUCACCGGAGCAGGUCAAAGUUGAGAUUGAAACCAAAGUGACCCAAGUUGCCGAGCCCGCUCCAAGAACUGUGACCACUGUGGACAAAAGAGAGAAAACUGACAAUAAACCUGUCCCUCGUGCGGGUCAGGCGCACCCGCGGGAGGCCCAAGUUAGAAAACAGCAGAGCGGCACUCUGCCUGCUUCAUCCAAACCUGCAGGCGGCGCUACUAGCGUGGGCAGGCACAGCAGGGACGCUUCCUUGGGUGCUAAAAAGACUGCCAAAGCCCCGGGGAAGUUGGGCGCUGUGGCGCAAGCUAAAACUAACCCACGGAGUUCUAACAACAGUACUCGUGUGAUUGCCAAGUCCUCUCAUCCAAAGAAGACGCAAGGAAAUGCAACAAAAACCACCACCACCUCCUACUCCACUGUCCCUCCUCGCUCUCGCGCCCCCAAAGAUACUGAGUUGCACAGUAAAGGUGACAACGUUCGGACCAGCCGUAAAGCAAAAGCUGAUUCUAAGAAAGCUUCUGCGGAGAUUCCCAAUCAGCCAGAAGAAGUCAUCUCCUCUGUCCCGCAUGGGAGCCCUUCUCAAGUUUCUCUCCCCGAAGUUGAGGAGACUCCUGUUGUUUUUCAAGCCGGACAGGAGGAAAAAGCUCCUUGCGGCAAUUCUUACGCGGGCCAAGAAACCCCCAGAGAUGCGUCCGCCGAGCCUGUCGCCCACUUCCCACACGUCAAUACUGCCACAGAGGACACUUCUUUCGCAGAGGAGGACAACGCCCACCGAGAGAAAGAUGAGAGCGCGAAAGGGGAUGGAGGAGAGGCGCAGGAGGAAAAAGGCGAGGCUGCUGAGGAGACGCACUCAAGCGGGGCUGAUGCGGACACCGCGAAGCCGCAGGGCCACAGCGUGAACAUCCAACAGGCAGAGGUGACAGUCAUUCCCGACCGGCCGACGGAGAGCCAAGCCAGCGACUCGGACUCAGACGGACCCAUCCUGUACCGCGAUGACAAUGAGGAGGAUGAAGAGGAGGAGGAGGACGAGUACCUCAACAGUUCUCUGGCCAGCAAAAUCCGGCGGCGGGACACCCUGAACAUCAAACUGGGCAACCGGCCCAGCAAGAGGGAGCUGGAGGAGAAAAACAUCCUGCCACGGAGCUCCGAGACUGAAAGACAAGAGCUCCGCCAGCAGAUCGGGUCCAAGCUUGUCAGGCGGUUGAGCCAAAGACCAACCACAGAGGAGUUGGAGCAGCGGAAUAUCCUCAGACAGAAAAAUGAAGCGGAGGAGCACGAAGCCAAGCAGGAGAUUAAACGGAAACUCUCCAGGAAGCUCAGCGUAAGGCCAACGGUGGCGGAGCUCAUCGCUCGAAGAAUCCUGCGUUUUAACGAGUACGUCGAGGUCACCGACGCCAAGGACUACGACCGGCGAGCGGAUAAGCCGUGGACGCGACUCACACCUGCUGACAAGGCGGCCAUCCGCAAGGAGCUGAAUGAGUUCAAGAGCAGGGAGAUGGAGGUGCAUGAAGACAGCAAACAGUUUACCAGAUUUCACCGGCCUUAACGAGAACUGGACAUCAGCAUCACCACCCCCUUCCCCUAAAGAAAAGUCCACCAGGCCAUCAGACCUGCUGCAGUCAGUCAGUGUGGGCAGUCCACUCUGUGUACUUAUUUGCGCAGUAACAACAAAUGCAGGUUUGUCUUAAGGCCCUGCGCCCUCCGUGUUGCCCACCCGUGGAACUUUAUUUGCACAUACUGUACCUAAACUCUGAGAAGUCGUGUCCCGUUAAGAGUGAUUUAUUUAUUAGGGAGUGCGAGGAGGACUUGCUGGAAAAUGUUUAUGUCUUUCGUUUCGCUCUGAGUAAACUGGUGCGUUAAUACAGGUCUGAAUGUGGCUCAAGAGAACAGCAGCUUUUGUGCAAAUGUUAUGCUUUAUUCUGUCCCGGAACCCCAACCAGCGGAUCAUGAGGAGCUGUUGUCAAAUGAUCGGGCCACUAGAGGGCAUUACGACAUCAGCGCAUUUGCUUGCUGAGCUGCCAUACAAGGUAAACCAUGCUCAUGAGACCUCUUUUGCAUUAAUAAAUGCCCCCCCCCC